UUUGUUUUUACACCAGAAACAUUUCAAUCUGUAUUCAUAUCACAACAAUCUAUCAAACAGUUUGAAGAUUACCACGAGCUAAUUGAUCCAGGCGAAGAACAUUUCAAAGAAUGGGACGCAGUUGGAAGCUUGGUCGAGUCAAUAUUAAUGGAUCCGCACUUAAUUGUAGCCAGCCGCGGCCGACAUUUUGACGACAUUGAAUUCAUCAAAGACAAACGAUGUAAUUUUUUGCCUAUUGACAAAGACUAUUUGGUAUUUCAAAAGCUUUCUCACAGACCAUAUGCAGUAGUCAUUCUUAUUCCGAUUUUGAAAUUAGGAGGAGAGAUUCGUAUAAGUCAGCAGGUUGGUCAACACUCAAAUAGGAACUAGUGGUUUCAUUUACUGAAUUGCUUUAAAAUACCAGUAGUCAAUUUCAUCAUACAACCUCAUCAACCAUUCGCAUAGCUAAACAGUUGAGGAAUCAAUUCAAAUACACAGAUGACAAGAGCACUGGAAACCAAAUGUAUUGACAAAUUCGAGUCUAAAAUUCAUUACAAUGUAUAGCUAUCUUUAUGGUCUUUUAGAAAUAUUAUUACUGUGUAAAAUGGACAAUAAACGAAUCAAUAAACAUAUAAGAUUAUUCGUUAGAUUUCUUUUCGUAUAUUUCUUUCUAUUCAACAGGACGCAAAUUUAAUGGAGGCAUUAAAAAAACUCCAACCAGCAUAUGAUUCGGUUGUAUAUGUGAUACAAAACUCGCAACAUCAGUAUGAUUAUACCACGAAUGACUUGUUGACCAUUAGUACUGAAAUAGAAAAGGUUUUUAAAUUAGAAAAGAAUAGCGCCUAUAAAAGUAUUUUCUUCGAGACGGAUGUUGAAUGGUUCAUUCGUGUGGGAUUGAUCAUGCAAAACAACAUCCUGACAGGAAUGAAAUCCUUACAAGAUGUCUUAAAAAAAGUAAAUAAUCAACACGAAUAUAGUCAUCCCCAUUUUAUGCAGACCAGAGCUAGCAAAAAACUCAAAAACGGAAAGACCCGUCAUGUAGAAAGUCUACCAUGUCCUAAUCAGAAAACAGCUUUACAAAAUCUUUUGUUAGAAGAAAUGAACACGAUAACAUUCAAUGUUACACUUCACGUUUGGAAGAUUCUAUCUUUCAGAAAUACCUCUAUUCGUGCCUUUGGUUUUGUAAAAGGUGUUGUUCGAAUCUACCUUAAAGACAUAUCACAUGAAGCCGAUGUAACGAAAUAUUUCAAGAAGUUUUUCAAGACAAACAGUCUCCACGUAACAAUGCAAGUAUGGCCUAGUAAUCGUCAAAUGACAAAAUAUUCGUUUGAACAAGGGAGUCGCAUUGAUGUUUCGAAUGUGCCAUUAGCAAAAAAUAAAGAAAUCAAAUAUGGUACUUUGGGAAUGUUUCUUGAAAACAGAAAUAAGGAUUUAUUUUUUACUACAUGUGCUCAUGUUAUUGAAAAGGGUAAGUAUGCAUUUUGUCCAAAAGAUCAUUCGAUUCUUGGAGAAAGUGUUUUCACCUGCGAAGGACCAUCGUCAACCUCCAAACAGUGGCUCGAUUUGUCAUUGGUAAAAGUCCAUAAUAGGAACAUUCACGAAUGCAGAUUUGGUCUUAAAGGUGAAAGUGACUGUUCUCAUUUAUCAGAAUACACAAUAUUUCCGGGAUUCCUAGAUGAUAUUCGUUUAAGACCAGUUUAUAAGUGGGGAGCGCGUACAAAUUACACAAAAGGAACGAUAGAUGACUUUGUCAUCUCAAAAGAUGAGUCAGACCAGAAAUACUUUCUUGAGAUACGAGUGUCAGGUUGCGGUAAAUUUGCGUUGCCUGCUGACAGUGGGUCCUUAAUAUGUAUGAACUAUCCAUCACGUAAUGAUAAUGAUCCGACUGCAGCCUUUGUGAUUAUAGGUGCCGAACAAAUACCAGUUGAAGAUCAAAAGAUCACUAUGCUUUGCUGUUACAGCAUUUCUGAUGCUAUUGAAGAAAUAAGAACAUGUGGAACCAUUGGAGAAGGCAUACAACCUCGUGCUGUAAUAAGACAAUCACGUCGAAUCGCCUCAGUAUCUGGAUGUAAUCCAGAUUCAAAGUCAUCUGUGAAAAGACAAAAGGUGUUACCACCGCGAGAGUAGUGGAAACGUAUGCAUGUUAUGAGAAUCAGUAAUUUUCUUAAUUUAGCUUAUUAUAUCAAAUUAUGAUCACUUUCCUGUAAAUUCAUUAUUAUAUGUUAUUGAACUAUUUAAGCAACUUG